AUGGUGGGGCCAGGACCAGGUGCCGCAGCUGCAGCCGCUGUCGAGGAGAGGCAGAGAAAGCUCCAGGAGUACCUAGCAGCCAAGGGAAAGCUGAAAUGCCAAAACACCAAGCCUUAUCUAAAAGCCAACAAUAGUCGCCCAAAUCCUGCACCUUCUAAAUCCACUAUUAGACCCAAAAAGGAUGCUGCCAACCAUGUUGCUUUUUUGCCUGUCAAAACUACAAGGCCCAGCAGCCUUCAAUGCAAACCUAGACCUGCCAAUAUUCCAGGGGGCCAGAAACCAAAGUUGGAUCCACCAAAACUUCUGAACAAAAAGCUAACUUCAGGAUGUGUUUCUUCUAAACUAAACUAUAAGCCUUCCAGCAGUGGUCAACGGCCACUCAAAACUGGAUCAUCCACUACAGGAAAGCUGUCAGGAAAACCUGUAGGGUCACUUCCCAGACAGGAAUUGAAAACUACAAAGCAGCAGGUGACAGAUGAAAGAAAGACUAAAUGUACGGACUCUGUGGACAACACCCAUGUUGAAAAUGAAUACUUGGAUUGCUUUCUAAAGCAGAUAAACAAAGAGAACUUGUCCCAAAACUUAUCAGAUUUGGAGAGGAAGGCAGAUCUUGAAUUUUGUACUAUAAAUAAGCCGAAAACACACUCUCAGAAUCCAUCCAAGAGCAACUUGGCUCCUAAACAAGCCCUGGGCAAAAGCCUAAUCAAUAGUGCUGUUCUGAAAGACAGAGGCAAUAAACAAUUUAUUGGAAAAACACAAAUCAAGAUUCUACCAGUAAAAUCACAGCAACUCUCUAGAGGAGCAGAUCUUACAAGACCAAAAGAAAAACCCUCAAGGACAGUUCCUUGCCACAUUGUUAAGACCCUUAGUAGGACUCCAGCAUCAGCAAAACCAGUGGCUAAGGAUCAGGAUAUAAAGGCUAUCAGGGCUGAACAUGAGAAACCAAAUGAAACUAAGUUACAGUCGCACCCUGCUAAUGAACAAAAAGCAAAACAUACCAAACCCUAUACCUACACCAGUUUGCUGCUGGGAGGAAUAAACAGACAUCCGAACAUUAAGCACGACCAGAAGUCUCUUCAGUCUUGUAUUAGACCCCAUACAUCAUGUGUACUACAAAAGUCAAAAGCCAUAAGCCAGAGGCCCAGUUUGACAGUUGGCAGAUCUAAUUCAGUAAUUCCAAGCACCCCUAGCAUAAGAGCAAAUGGGAUCAAUGGGAAUAAAUGCAACAAUGACUUUCAACAAAAAGCACGAACUGUGGACUCCAAUUUGAAAAAGCCUCUUUCCCAAAACCAUUUUCUCAGUAAGACAGCUCCCAAAACUCAGGCUGGUGACACAACUUUGAAUCAAAGACGCGUCCCAAAUGAGAUCCCAACUAACCCAAAUAUUAAAAAGAAAGCAGCAGAGGAUCGAAGGAAACAACUGGAAGAAUGGCAGAAGUCUAAGGGAAAAAUCUAUAAACGGCCUCCUAUGGAACUUAAUACAAAAAAAAAAGUAAUAGAGAAAAUGAAUGUUUCAUUCUGGAAGAGCAUUGAAAAAGAAGAAGAAGAAAAGAAAGCCCAACUUGAACUAUCUGAUAAAAUUAACAAUACUCUGACAGAAUGUUUGCAGCUCAUUGAAGGGGGUGUAUUUUCUAAUGAAGUAUUUACCAUAUUGUCCAGUAUUCCUGAGGCUGAAAAAUUUGCUAAAUUUUGGAUCUGCAAAGCAAAGCUGUUGGCAAAUAAAGGCACCUUUGAUGUUAUAGGGCUAUAUGAAGAGGCCAUUAGAAAUGGGGCCACACCAAUACUAGAAUUACGAGAAGUUAUUCUUAAUAUUUUGCAAGACCCAAACAGAACCACAGAAGGAAUUCUCUCUGAUUCUUUAGGUGCUGAAGAGCUGAUCAAGAAGAUGGAAUCUGAAAAGUCUUGUCUUUCUCCUGGAGAAAGGGAACAGGUUAUAGCAACACCCCAAGUAAUCAACGCAGGCCAGGAUAAUCAUCCAGGCAUCAAAUUACAGAUCGCCCCAAUCCCUAGACUAAUUGGAAUGCCAGAAGUGCAAGACAUGAAGCUCAUCACUCCUGUACGGCGCUCGGCGAGGAUCGAACGAGCUGUGUCCCGCUAUCCAGAAAUGCUACAAGAGCAUGAUUUAGUAGUGGCGUCCCUUGACGAACUAUUAGAAGUAGAAGAAACAGAGUGUUUUAUAUUCCGAAAAAAUGAGGCUCUGCCUGUAACACUAGGGUUUCAGAUCCUUGAAUCUUAA